GGCAGGCGCCGGCCUGGGGUUGUCAUGAUGACGGAGGGGAAUCGUCGCUCGGUGCGACUUGAUGGCGACAGUUUGCUGAGCAAUAACAACAGAGAGCUGGUAUAAUCCAUAUACACUGUGCAGCCGGUACCCCAAUACUGUGCCCUGAGCCUGCUCACCCCGCACUGUCCGUGCGUGAUGUGCCCGGGACACUGAGGAGGAGGGUGGACGCUGUCCUGCCCGCUGCGGGGAUUAUCCCCGGUCCGCCACCUGUCCCCUACACUGUGAGCCCGGAUUACCGGCACCAUGAGCUGGCUCUUCUCCUCCUCCAAGGGCUCCAGACCUCUGCCCCCUCUCACCAGUCUGCAGCAGCAGAAGCAGCGACAGAUAGAGUCCCUGAAGACAUGCCAUAGCAGUAUUUCUGAAAUUCAGAAAGAUGUGGAAUAUAGACUUCCAGUAACAGUACAAAAUCUGACCAUCAACAUAAAUAUUUUGCUUCCUCAGCAGUUUCCGCAGGACAAACCUGUCAUCACUGUCUAUCCACCAAUUAGACACCAUCUGGUGGACAAGCAAGGCACUAAUGUUACAUGUCCCUUAGUAAAUAAUUUCACUAUGCACUCUGAUCUUGGUAAAAUAGUACAGAAUUUGAUAGAAGAGUUUUGGAAGAAUCCUCCAACACUGGCUCCGACAUCUGGCUCAUUUCCGUACUUGUACAGCAAUCCUGCUGGUCUGCCUCCUUACCCUCAUUCAGGGUUCCCUUUUCUUACGUCGUUUCCCACACAAGAAACCAAUAGGUCGGGACCAGUUGCUGAAACUGUCCCUUCAAGCUUCAACACUGCCAAAGCCGCUGCCCCUUCCUACGGCCUGAUAACGGAUUUGCCUCUACCGGUCCCCACAUCUGAAGUGGGCAUAAACGGCUUCACGUACAAGAUGCCUGAUCUCCCAGACACCUUUCCUGAACUCUCAGAAUUAAGCAUGCAGCAGCUGACAGAAAUGAUGGAAGAAGAGGACGUCCUUCUGGAACAGUUUAUGAAUCUACCACAGUUAAAACAGGUCAUAGUAGAUAAAGAGGACCUGGUGACAAAUAUUGCAAAGCUAGCAAAAAAGAACCUUCAGCUGGAGCCCAUUCUAGAAACAAAGCGACAGGCAUUGUUAGACAAAUAUGAACUUCUCACACAGAUGAAGGUUAUGUUUGAAAAGAAGCUGCAAAGACAGCAUGAGCUGAGUGAGAGUUGUAGUCUGAGUGCUCUGCAGGCCAGGCUAAAGGUUGCUGCACAUGAAGCAGAGGAGGAGUCUGACAGUAUUGCAGAAAACUUCCUAGAGGGAAAAACAGAAAUAGAUGAUUUUCUAAAUAUGUUCAUGGAGAAGAGAACAUGUUGCCACAGUAGGAGAGCCAAAGAAGAGAAACUGCAACAGUCUAUAACUCUGCACAGCCAAUACCAUGCACCGCUAUAGGUAAUUUGGAAAGGAUGAACGUAAGAAAGCAUCGGUGACUGAUCUCCAGAAAGCACAUUUUUGUAUUUAUGAUUGGAAAAUGGAGAUGAACAUUUCUUGAUUGUAUUAUGUUCUAUUGAUAGACUGUCGCUAGUCUGAUUUUGUACAGUUUAAUUAUCAUUUAGUUACUACAUGUUCAUUUCACAUCGACCGGAGGAACAUUAUCUGCUGUAAUUAUACUUCUAAUCUAUAUUUUUUACUUUCUGUUACCCAUAUUGGAAUGAUUUCUAUUAAAUACGUAUUUACUGUGACAUAAGCCUUUUGUUUUAUAACGUUGCAGCAACCUUAACGGACACUAAAAAUGGAUUGCUGUCAUUUCACCAUUCUUUGUCCAAGCUGAAAACGUGCAGUGCCUUUGAGAAAUGGCAUUUGCGCAAUGCAAUGGAAGCAUGCUUUUAUAUCCAGCUGUACAUGCACCAUACGCGAGUAAUAAACAUUUUUUAACACUAAUUGUCUAGUGAAAUUAGAA